AGACCAAGCCUGCAUUCCUCCCUGGACCGUUUUUUCCCAAACGUGGGGUACUGUGAAGAGUGUGUGUGUGUGUGUGGAGAGGGGAGUAGACCUGCUGAAGACACGGAGGAACAACACAGCACUUCAGACCAAAGAUCUGUUGAUUCUACAACUACACAAGGAUCCACCAAAAUGGCAUUCCUGUUGAUGUUUGUGACCGUUCUGCAUUUGGUUACCUUAGCCAUGCUUUUCAUUGCCACUAUGGAGAAGUCCUGGUGGUCUUGGGGAGACAGAGAGAACAUGGAUCUCUGGUAUAAGUGCACCUAUGAAAACGCCACAGAAACCUUGUUAUGUGCUUCUGCCAAAGACAGCGAAUGGCUGCAGUCCGUCCAGGCCCUCAUGAUCUUGUCUGUGGUGCUCUCUUCCAUCUCCUUCAUAGUGUUCCUCGGACAGCUCUUCACCAUGUCCAAAGGAGGUCUUUUCUACUUCACUGGCUUUUGCCAACUAUUUGCAGGUUUUGCAGCGUUUGGGGCUGUUCUUAUCUACACCUUUCAAAGGAGUGCGAUUCUUCAAGAUUCUCGUGAACUGGAAAAGGGUCAUUUUGGCUACUGUUACAUUCUAGCGUGGGUGUGUGUGCCCCUUUUACUUGUCAGUGGAGCACUUUAUGUGCUUUUGCGCAAACGGGCCUGAUUUUCUGCUUAACACCACACAUGUAGGCUACUUUUAUUAGUUUAGUCUGCUAUGAGAUUAUACAGUAUUUACUUAUGGCGCUGAUUAGGUGAGCCAGUUUAUGAUAUUGCUUACUGUUAUUUAUUAUAAUAACAUUAGUUUUUAGGACCAAACUCUCAAAACCUGCUUUGCUGCAACAAAGUUGCAACAAAACUUGCUGUAUUUUCCCGUAGUGGGGAAACUGCUGCUCUAAGUUUGAUGCUGACAAUCAAGUGGGAUUUUGAUGCAAACUUCUUUUUUAAAGGAAAAUGAAAAUUUGCUCAAAUAUUUACUCACCCACAGGAUAUCCAAGGCGUACAUCCGAACAGAUUUGGAGAAAUGUAGUAUUGCAUCACUUGCUCAGCAUUGGAUCCUCUGCAGUGAAUGGGUGCCGUCAGAAUGAGAGUCCAAACAGCUGAUAAAAACAUCACAAUAAUCCACAUGAAGGAAAGUCUGUGUUUUGAAUAAAUCCAUCAUUAAGGUGCUAAAAGGCCUAGCUAAAAUAUGACUCCUCUAUCCAUAAUAUUUCUUACUCCAGUGAAAAAUUAGUUUAGUCUGAAUCAGGAGAGAAAUACGCACAGAUCAAGCACUGUUUACAAGCCAAACAGUCCAAAAUGAUUCUAAACAAAUAUUUCAGUAGAUUUUGAUGUGAGAGAACAACAGGAGAUCGACCAGAGGACGUGUUGUUAUGAAUUAUGAACUGUUAUUUUGUCCAGAAGCGACAGUUUAAAAUGAAAAGGCCUCAAAAAUGGAUUUGUUUAUGGAAAAUGUGCAUGUUUUCACUUCACAAGAUGUUAACUGAUGGACUGGAGUGCUUGUGGAUUAC